AUGGCCAACAACACACUCACACUCUCUAGCUCCACUCUCUUCCACCUCACUAGAAAACCCAUUUCAUUCACUUCAACACUCACCCUAAGAAUCAAAGCGAGGGCCUCCACAGCCAUUGCCAUGGCUUCUACCACCAAAACCAAGGUGGUACCUGCAGUGAUAGUCGGUGGUGGAAGGGUUGGCAGAGCCUUAGAAGACAUGGGCAAUGGUGAUGACUUGCUGGUGAAAAGAGGAGACCCUGUGCCUCUUGAUUUCAAAGGUCCAAUCUUGGUUUGCACUAGGAAUGAUGAUCUUGACGCUGUUCUUGAGGCCACUCCAAGGCCUAGAUGGAACGGUAUUGCCAUCUGA